AUGGCCCACAACCACCCACACCCUAGAUGGCACAACCGGCGCGACGACCCCUUCAAUACCCCCAACAUUGCGGGACUAAACGGCGCAUCGAUAAACGCCAACACUCUAGCCACCGCGAACAGCUUGGCUAUCAACACCGCGGCUGCCGCCGCUAACACCAACCAACCUGUCGUGGUGUCCUUUUCCCCAACUAACACUGUUACCGAUCCGGCAGAGUCCUCUACUAACUCUGGGAGCAACCUCUCUGGCUCUGCUGAGCACGCAUCCUCACCUAGUAUUUCCAUGGGCACUGUCAUCGGUGCCUGUCUCGGUGCUCUUGUGGGUGCUGUCGUUCUCAUCCUUAUCGGUCUCUGGCUUUAUAAGCGCGCUUCCCAACCUCGACGUCGUCCGUCAACUGCUCACAAGUCGGCUGACAAAGAACGAGCAUGGGCGAAAAUGGAAGACAACGAUGACAAAUGGGAGGGCAAAGAGAACAAAUACCAGCAGAAAGGCGUCGUCAGUGUUGGGCCCAUGGAAAAGCUCACAAUGUUCAAAACCGCAACGCCAAGCUUGCAUACGACUUCCAACUCGGGGGAGACAAAUUAUAUUCCGUCUGUCACUCCCUUCUCCCAUCCCUUUGCUCAAUACCACCCCAACCUCGCAAAGGAACUUGCGGAAGACAACAACAGUGAUCUUCCUGAACCGCCCCGUCGCCCUUUCCUCGCCAGGGUAGAGCCGAUACCUCCCAUUUCUUGGGAUGGCGAUACCGCUCGCGACUCAUUCUUGUCACUCAGCUCCAAUCCUAUGUCUCCAGGUUUCGACAUGGCCAUUCCCACACCCAAACUGACUUCUUCGGAGCCCCACCAAUGGCAGUCCGCUGAGGUGAUGAAUUUCGAAUCUGAAUCGGAACCCAGGGGUCGUGACAACGAACCGCGUCGCAAGAGCGCCAACAAUCCCUUUUUUGGUGCUCGCAUGUCGGUUCAUUCGACACACUCUCGUUCUCGAUCCCAAUCCCGCUCUCGUACACCCUCUAUUUCUGCUGGGUCAAGAUCGGCAACAGUCCCCGAUGUUAUUACCAUGCCAGUCCCUCCCGCAAGUGCCUAUACCCGGGAAGAAAAGGGCAAAUACCGGGCUGUGACUCCGCCUAGUCCUGCUAGUAGUCGCGCACCAUCCACCAUUAUUGCGCACGACCCCUUUAGCGACCCCAUUACGCCUAUCGUUCCUUUCAAGGCCGAGCAUAUCUCGCAAGGCUCGCAGGACCGAGCAAUGGCUUCCCUGUUGGCUGCCCUGGGUCCUACCGCCACAGCUAAUGAGAUUGAGGAACGCUUGCGGGUGGCCAGCAUGAACCCUAGUCUCAUCAGUGAAUCGCAAUACACUGAGACAGACGGCGACGCACUGCAUCAGUCGUGGCCUGUCCCUCCAAGUGGCCGUGACCCACUCUAA